UACUCGCGCUACCGCUGUCAUAUUUCACUUUUAAUAAGAUAAUGGCGUCAAGCCUUGUUAAGAGUUCUACUGUCGUCUUGAACUCGGUGGCGGCAUAUUUGUGCAGCCGAUCCAGGAGUUCACCAGAUCAUUGGGUCGGCAGAUUUUGCGUGACAUUGGUCCGGUACGGUAGCUGCUCCCAGGUGGAGCUCGAUCGCGGUCUCGUGAGAAGUUCUUGUACCUGUAGCUCUCGCCUUAGCUCUUAGGUCUCUGGACCGUGAGGAAGGAAAGUACUAUUGCGAUCUCAUCUCACGUUGAAGCAAACGACGACGCCGAAGACUGCCUCACGAUGGAUGCGGAUGAUACUGUUUUCGAUGGAAUCCUGGAAAAGGUAGGAAACGAUGGCCGGUUUCAGCGCCGUUUUAACCUCAUCUUCAACAUGGGAGCGAUUAUUUUCGCUUCGAUGUCUUACAUGAGCAUCAUUUUGGCAUUGAAUAAACCUCCGCACAACUGCCACGUGCCGGGAAUGGAACGGUUCAACAUCAGCGAUGCGGAAAUGUGGAAAAAUUUGACAUUGCCAAGGGAGGAAGACAACAAAGGUGUACUCAGCUACAGUAAAUGUCAGAUGUACAAUGUGACUGAGGCUCACCUUCAGGUGCACUAUAGCGAAUGGAAUUUCCAGGAUUCCGACAUUAUUAAUUGUGCCUAUGGAUACGAUUAUGACAGGACGUACUACGACCGAACACCAAUUACCGAGCACGAUUGGAUCUGCGACAAGGGUUUCCGGGAGACAAACAUAUUCGUAUACAAUCGCUUCGGUGAACUGAUUGGAACGUUCAUCUUCGGUCAGCUGGGCGACACUCUCGGCCGGCGACCGGUGUUCUUUUUCAGCGUGUUGAUAAUCACCGCCGGGCGACUAAUCUCUAUGUUCACGGCAUCGAUCUACGUCGUGUUCUGCAUGGCCGCUGUAUUGGGCUCCCUCACGUCAAACUCAAUUUUCCAGGCUCCACUCAUCAUCGCUAUGGAAGUAUCGAAAAGCGAACGACGUGGUUACAUUAGCAUGAUGCAAUGUAUCGGAUGGACGACGGGCUUGUGCAUCCUACCGAUGGUCUUCUGGGCUACGCGGGAUUGGUUCUGGGCGCUGAUGUUUACCACCAUUCCGAUUUUCCUGUUUAUCUUCAUUCCGCAAUAUUUGAUUGAGUCCCCCCGGUGGCUCGCAACCCGAGGACACUACAAGCGAUCGAUGGGCGAGCUGCGGAAGAUUGCCAACGUCAACGGGAUCCGGCAGCUGCCGUUCGACGAACGCUCGUUGGAGAAAAUGCUUUCGCACCGCAAAGUGGAAACCGUUUACGGCAUGGCGUCCCUUUUCAGUGGCUGGCGGAUGGCGAAAAAUACCAUCUUCUGUGUGAUGUGCUGGAUCGUUGCCAGCAUAACAUACUUCACUCUGGUGCUUCUGAGUUCCCGAUUGGACGGCAAUCCUUUCCUUAAUUUCCUAUUUCAGAGUGCCAUCGAGCUUCCCGCGUACAAAAUUGGCCAAAUUCUUUCGGACAACCUGGGCCGACGAGCAUCCAACUCUCUUGCAUUCCUGACUGCAACGAUCAUCUGCAUACCGAUUGUGCUCAUCAUUCGCAAUGCCGAGUACGAAUCCAUGGCCAUAGCGCUAUCGAUUGCCAUCAAGUUCUGCGUCAGCAUAAACUUCUUCGCCGUCAACCUUCAAUCUAUCGAAAUCUACCCAACAUGUUUGCGGCAGACGGGUCUUGCGUUUGCAGCUAUUAUGGCAAAUUUGUUCGGCAUUUUUGGACCCUACGUGGUCUACUUGGGGACGGAGUACGACGUACGAUAUCCAUUCGUAGUAAUUGGACUGAUGUCAGCACUGGGAGCUACAUGCGCAUCGUUCUUACCCGAAACGCUGCAUCAAUCACUGCCAGAAACUAUUGAACAAGCCCAGAAGUUCGGGAAAACCCAAAAGUUUUGGUCACUGCCGAAAAAACCUAGAACCGAAGGUGUCGAGAUAGGACAGGAGAUGGAAGAGGGUGUGAGACUUAAAGACGCUGACGAUGAUAUCCGGUAGCUUAAGAUGGUGUAAAUAAAGGUUCACCCUGAUUUUUGUUUUCAUAAUAAAA